CGCUUCUGCGAACCCUAAGCGCCCUUUACCCCUCACUAUCCUUCACUUUUCCUUUUGGGGGUUUCUCCUUCGUCUUACAGGACAUCUUUCCUAACCAUAAAUCCCUUCCAUGGAGUUCGGCGUCGCUAGGAAACGAGGGAGGCCGUCAGCUGGCUUGAAUGGCAACUCUGGAUUCAAGAAAUCCAAGCAAGACAUGGAGUCGUUUCAAUCUGGUUUAGGAAGCAAAUCGAAGCCAUGCACAAAGUUUUUCAGCACUUCUGGCUGCCCAUUUGGUGAGGGAUGUCAUUUCUUGCAUUAUGUACCUGGAGGGCUCAAAGCUGUCACUCAAAUGACCGGUGGCAACCCAGCUUUGCCUCCAACCAUCAGAAAUCCUGUUGUUCCACCUUCCUUUCCAGAUGGUUCAUCUCCACCUGCUGUCAAGAGUCGCCUGUGCAACAAAUACAACACUGCAGAAGGAUGCCGGUUUGGUGACAAAUGUCAUUUUGCCCAUGGAGAAUGGGAGCUGGGAAAGCCAACAGUCCCAUCUCACCAUGAAGAUCCUCGUGCCAUGGGACCUGCACCUGGGAGUAGAUUUGGUGGUGGUGGUGCUCGGAUGGAUCUAAAUCCUGCAGCAAACAAUGUAGCCGCUGCCAGCUUUGGAGCAUCUGCAACAGCCAAGAUCAGUGUCAAUGCUUCGCUGGCUGGUGCAAUCAUUGGUAAAAGCGGAGUGAACUCUAAGCAAAUUUGUCGCUUGACAGGAGCCAAGCUUUCCAUAAGAGAUCACGAAUCAGACCCAAACCUGAGAAACAUCGAGCUAGAGGGCACGUUUGACCAGAUCAAACAGGCAAGUCAGAUGGUACGUGAGCUUAUAGUGAACAUAAGUUCAGCCUCUGGACCACCCCCGCCACAAAAAAGCUUUGGAAAACCUGGAGGAGGCUCUGGUGGUCCUGCAGGAAACUUCAAGACCAAACUCUGUGAAAACUUUGCCAAAGGAUCUUGUACGUUUGGCGAAAGGUGCCAUUUCGCACAUGGUGCUGAAGAGUUGCGCAGUUCUGGAGCUUAAUAUAAUCAGCCUUCUAAGAUUUUAUUUAGAACAUCUUUUUUCCGGGUUGUGCCGACUUGUUUUGGGAUCUGAGAUAUUGAGAGUAGUCAUUUACUUUUUAAGUUGCUACUGAGAUUUACCUAGGGUUUUUCAUUUCAGUCUUAGAAAGUUGUUUUAAUUUGGCUUUUUGUUAAUGUGGUAUUGUUUGUUUUCAAGCACUGUGACAUGGAUAAA